AUGAUCCUUCACACCCAGGACGAGUGGCUUCGCAGGAUCGAGGCUUGCAAGUCGCUGUCUCUAGCUCGGGCGAUCGAGCAUGGCGUGCGGCGCGCGGUCGCGAUCAAGCACGGUGGCGAUGAAUCGUCCUCCUCGAUCUUCAUCCUCAACAAGCUGAUCGAGAUGUUUGGCAAAUGCGGGAGUCCACAGCUCGCGAGAGAGGUGUUUGAUCGAUUGGACACGGCCAUGCGGGACUCUUUCAGCUGGGAUUUCAUGCUCACGGCCUAUUCCCGUAAUGGGCAGCUAGAAAACGCGAAGCUCCUCUUUGAUUCCAUGCCGCAGCGCUCGCUCGUCUCCUGGAACAUCAUGCUCUCGACAUAUGCCCAGUGUGGGCAUCUUGACUCUGCAAAGAUCAUCUUUGAUUCUACUCCAAUUGUUAGCAUCGUUUCUUGGAACGCGAUUCUCACUGCUUUCAUCGGUCACGGCUUGCUCCUCGAAGCCACUCAAAUCUUUGAUUCUAUGCCUGAAAAGAACCUUGUUUCUUGGACUGCCAUGCUCGCGGCAUAUGCCCAAAAGGGUCAUAUCUUCUCUGCGAAAGAGAUCUUCGAUGCUAUGCCACUUCGAGACAUGAUCGCCGAGACAGCCAUGCUGGCUGCAUACGCUCAAAACGGUAACCUCGAGCAAUCCAUGCGGUUGUUUGAUGGAAUGCCGGAGCACGACUUGGUUUCGUGCACUGCGAUUCUCGUUCUAUAUGCCCAGAAUGGUCAAAUCGAUCAAGCAAAUACCAUGUUUGAUCAGAUGCCACAGAGAAACUUGGUUUCCUGGACCGCAAUCUUGGGACUAUAUGCUCAGUUCGGGAAUGUGGAUCAAGCACGGAACUCAUAUGCCCAAAACGGGCAUACGUAUGACGCUGAGAAGCUCUUCCAAGACAUGCCCGAAAAGAAUCUCGUUUCAUGGACCACGAUGCUCUCGCUCUACGCUGCUUCUUCGCAAAUCGACGAAGCAAAGUCGGUAUUUGAUCGGAUGCCGGAAUGGGAUCUCGUCUGUUGGAACACACUGAUGCUUGCAUAUGCCCAAAAGGGUCAUCUGGAGCACGCAGCACACAUCUUUGACAGAGUUCUUCCAGAGCGAAGCAUGGUAUCGUGGACAGUGAUGUUGGCUUCGUUCGCUCAAAACGGGUACAUCGAAGAGGCCGAGGAGAUCUUCUACCGGAUGCCAGAGUGGGACUCAGUGUCUUGGGAUGCAAUGCUCUCGGCUUUUGCUCUAAACGGGCAUCUUGGUCAGGCCGAGAAGCUCUUCCACUCAAUGCCCGAGCAAAGCUCUGUCUCCUGGACCACGAUGCUCGCUGGUUAUGCCCAAAACACAGACAACACAGCAGCGUUUGAUCUCUUCGACACGAUGAAGGCAAUUCACUCGCCUGGAGCAGUGUGCUUUGCGUCCAUCCUCAUCGCUUGCAGUCACGAAGGCAAAGUCUACACUGGGAAGUGCUCGUUCGUGUCCAUGACAAUGGACUACUGGAUCCAGCCGACGAAGCAGCACUUCAGCUGCAUGAUCGAUCUCCUGGGACGAGCUGGGCAUUUGGAUCACGCGCAGGAGCUCAUACUCACGAUGCCAUUUGUUCCGGACAUGCUCGAGUGGACGUGUCUCUUGGCUGCUUGCAAGAGCCACAAUAGCCUGCACCACGGAGCUCAUGCCGCGGAGCGUGUACUCUCGAGAGUUUCCACGACGACGAGCGCUAGCUACGUUCUUCUCCGGAACUUGUUCUCGCUUAGUAGUGGUGGCAAAGGUGGUGGCAGUAUCAAAGUCUUCUAG